ACCACCUUCAAGAAAUUUCUAAUUUCAUAUUCUCAACAAAAAUAGAAGCACUUAAAAUAACUUUGCUUAUGGAUGCACCAACCUGUUGAUGACUAGUUAAUACCAUAUAUUAUUCUGAGACAAAUAUCUCUUUCUCAUAAUUUCAGAUUCUUCAAGGUCACUGUGGUAGCUUCCGCCUUUUCCUCUGACAUCAUGCAAAAUCAAAGCUUUGUAACUGAGUUUGUCCUCUUGGGGCUUUCACAGAAUCCAAAUGUUCAAAAAAUAGGAUUUGUUAUAUUUUUGUUCUCCUACAUUGCAACUGUUGGGGGCAAUUUGCUGAUUGUGGUGACCAUUAUCAGCAGCCCAGCACUCCUGGGCUCCCCCAUGGACGUCUUUCUGGCCUUUCUGGCCUUCCUGGAUGUGUGCUAUUCCUCUGCAUUCGCCCCAAAGAUGAUUGUAGACUCACUCCACGAGAGGAAAACCAUCUCCUUCGAGGGUUGCAUGACCCAGCUCUUUGCUGAAUAUUUAUUUGCUGGUGCUGAAAUAAUUAUUCUCUCUGCCAUGGCCUAUGACCACUAUGUUACCAUUUGCAAGCCAUUGCGCUACCUCUCUCUCAUGAACGGGAGGCUCUGUGGUAUCCUGAUGGGGGUAGCCUGGACAGGAGGCUUCUUGCAUUCUGUGAUACAAAUUCUCUUUACUUUCCAGCUGCCCUUCCGUGGCCCCAAUGUCAGCAAUCACUUCCUACGUGAUUUGUACCCAUUACUGGAGCUUGCCUGCACUGAUACUCACAUACUUGGCCUUUUGGUGGUUGGCAGUAGUGGGUUUAUUUGCAUCAUAAAGUUCUCAUUGUUGCUUAUCUCUUAUUGUGUCAUCUUGUUCUCGCGAAGAACACAUAGCUCUGAAGGCCGGAGGAAAGCUCUUGCCAACUAUGGAUCUCACAUUUCUGUUGUGGUUUUAUUCUUUGUCCCAUGCAUAUCUCUAUAUGCCCGACCUCCAUCUGCUUUUUCCUUCGAUAAGAUGGUGGCCAUAUUUUACACCAUUGUAACUCCCCUGCUCAAUCCUGUGAUUUACACUUUCAGGAAUAAGGAAGUGAAAAAUGCCAUAAGGAAGUUGUGGACCAAAUUGCUGGCGGUUUUUAAUUAAAAAUAAAACACUAAACAUAACAAAUUAAACCUUCCAGAAGAAAGAAAUCAAAAUGGGCUCAGACAAGAACUUUGUAGGGAAUGGACCUUGUAAGACAGAAGGAAAUGUAAUACAACACAAAAACACUGAUGUGGAGGUCUGGAAAUGCUCUUUGCAUCCUCAGAUUACUCAUCAUCUCAGAGUUGGCAGCUCAGUAUCCUUUUAUGUAAACUAAGGAGAGUUGAUUUUUUUUUUUGCAGUUUUUUUUAGUUAAUUUUUAUUGUACUUUAAGUGAAAGUUUAAAAAUCAAGUCAGUCUCUCACACAAAAACCCAUAUACACCUUGCUACACACUCCCAAUUACUCUCCCUCUAGUGAGACAGCCCAUGCUCUCCCUCCACUCUCUCUUUUCGUGUCCAUUUCCCCAGCUUCUAAUUCCCUCCACCCUCUCAUCUCCCCUCCAUGCAGGAGAUGCCAACAUAGUCUCAAGGGUCCACCUGAUCCAAGAAGCUCACUCCUCAUCAGCAUCCCUCUCCAACCCAUUGUCCAGUCCAAUCCAUGUCUGAAGAGUUGGCUUCAGGAAUGGUUCCUGUUCUGGGCCAACAGGUCUGGGGGCCAUGACCACCAGAGUCUUUCUAGUCUCAGUCAGACCAUUAAGUUUGGUCUUAUGACAGUUUGAGGUCUGCAUCCCACUGCUCUCCUGCUCUCUCAGAGUUUUUCUGUUGUGUUCCCUGUCAGGGCAGUCAUCAGUUGUAGCUGGGCACCAUCUAGUUCUUCUGGUCUCAGGAUGAUGUAUUCACCAGUUCAUGUGGCCGUUUCUGUCUCUUGGGCUCAUAAUCACCUUGUGUCCUUGGUGUUCUUCAUUCUCCUUUGAUCCAGGUGGGUUGAGACCAAUUGAUGCAUCUUAGAUGGCUGCUUGCUAGCGUUUAAGACCCCAGACGCCACUCUUCAAAAUGGGGUGAAGAAUGUUUUCUUAAUAGAUUUUAUUAUGCCAAUUGACUUAGAUGUUCCCUGAAACCAUGGUCCCCAGAACCCUGCCCCUGUUACACUGGCCUUCAAAGCAUUCAGUUUAUUCAGGAAACUUCUUUGCUUUUGGUUUAAUCCAAUUGUACUGACCUCCCCUGUAUUGAGUGCUGUCAUUCCCUUCACCUAAAGUAGUUCUUAUCUUCUAUCUAAUUAGUGAA